GCAUGCUCUCAGCGCCCCGCACCAAGAUGGCCGCUGCGUCAGUCCGCACGGCGGCCGCGAGACGGCAGUUGGUGGGCAUGCUCUCUGAGUGCCCCGCACUGGUAUGGCUGCCGCCCUCACAAGAGUGACUCUAGUUCUCGGCUUCCGGUCGUAGCCGGCCGGCGCUCAUUUCUCUUCUGGAAGCUUAGUGGAGCCGGGGAAAGGUGCGGGGUAAACAGUGAGAGGGAACUGCAAGCAUCCGCGCCGGCUCCUAACGGAGAAGAUGGCUGAGGGCGAGCGGCAGCCGCCGCCAGAUUCUUCAGAGGAGACCCCUCCAGCUACUCAGAACUUUAUCAUUCCAAAAAAGGAGAUCCACACAGUUCCAGAUAUGGGCAAAUGGAAGCGCUCUCAGGCAUAUGCUGACUACAUUGGUUUUAUCCUUACCCUCAAUGAAGGUGUGAAAGGGAAGAAGCUGACCUUCGACUACAAAGUCUCUGAGGCCAUUGAGAAGCUGGUGGCUCUUCUUGAUACGCUGGAUAGGUGGAUUGAUGAAACCCCGCCGGUGGACCAGCCUUCCCGAUUUGGGAACAAGGCCUACAGGACCUGGUAUGCCAAACUUGAUCAGGAAGCAGAGAAUUUGGUGGCCACAGUGGUCCCCACCCACCUGGCAGCUGCUGUACCUGAAGUGGCGGUUUACUUGAAGGAGGCUGUAGGAAACUCCACGCGUAUUGACUAUGGCACAGGGCACGAGGCUGCCUUUGCUGCUUUCCUCUGUUGUCUCUGCAAGAUUGGGGUGCUCCGAGUAGACGACCAGGUGGCUAUUGUCUUCAAGGUGUUUGAUAGGUACCUUGAGGUCAUGCGGAAGUUGCAGAAGACGUACAGAAUGGAACCUGCAGGCAGCCAGGGCGUGUGGGGUCUGGAUGACUUCCAGUUCCUGCCCUUCAUAUGGGGCAGCUCACAGCUCAUAGACCACCCCUACUUGGAGCCCAGACAUUUUGUGGAUGAGAAGGCAGUGAGUGAGAACCACAAGGACUACAUGUUCCUGCAGUGCAUCCUCUUCAUCACUGAGAUGAAGACCGGCCCCUUUGCAGAGCACUCCAACCAGCUGUGGAACAUCAGUGCUGUCCCCUCUUGGUCUAAAGUGAACCAGGGCCUCAUCCGCAUGUAUAAGGCGGAGUGCCUGGAGAAGUUCCCUGUGAUCCAGCACUUCAAGUUCGGGAGCCUGCUGCCCAUCCAUCCAGUCACAUCAGGCUAAGAGAGGCUGAGCCACCAGAGCCACCCUGGCCAGGUUCCUGUGCCCUCUGACCCGGCACCCCUCCCACCCACCUUCUGUUCUUUCUGUUUACUGAGAUGGGUGCUGAGCAGGGCCUGAGUUGGGUAUUGACCAAAGUGUGGCCGGUUUUUGACUGUCCGUCUGAUGGGCAGACAAGAAGAGGGGGUGGGACCUGGUCCCAGGGCCCCUGCCCACCCCUGUCCUCCCUGCUUCCUGUCUUCUGCCCAGGCCCCUGUGGAGACAAGGGCUUCCUGCUCUUCCCAUUGCUCUCCCUUUCCCAUGCUGUACCUCCUCCUUCAGAGAGGGCUAGCUGUUCAGCUUUCCACCUGCCCAAGCUGUGUUCCUCUGGUGACUGCCUUGGGGCAGGAGGGUGAGGCUGUCAGCAGCUGUGGGGAGGUGUGGGGUGGGGGUGAUGGUUGGUAGAGGCACCAUGGAUGAUGAGGUUGGCCUUCUCAAGGUAGCCUCCUAGUGUAUCCAUCCUCAUUCUUGCUUUUGUUCUCUGGGCCUUGGAUUUGCCAGGUUUCUUGACUGUUAUUGUAAAGCUUCCCUUGCUGGGGUAGCCUAGUUAUGGAAGCUGUCCUGGGCUCCUGGGAAAGCCUGUUGACUGGGUGAAGGCUCUCUUUCCAGAAUUGUCUCCAGCAGGGAGAGAAUGGUAGAGACUCAGGGAGGCACUAGGGGUACUGUGUUUUGGAGAGCCUGGUUUCCUCCAGCCAGUCUUAGGCCUGACCAGUUCUGCUCCCCCCACCCCACCCCUCCCGCUUUGAGUGGCCUUUAGCUUCACCUGAGGCCCUUGCUCGCUGCUGUGCUCCCUUGGGUAGGUUUGUGGCUGGUGUGAGAUGGCAGGGAAGGCAGCAGGCCUCUUUCUCCCUCUUACCUUUUAGGGGACGAGGCAAGCAGUGCCUUGCGCCUGGGCACAGACUCAGAAUGGGUAGGACUGCUGGGGGCAACCUAGCCACAGUCAGCAGUUCUCCCAGCACUGUGGCCGACCUGGUACCUGUAGGCUUCCCUGACACACUCAUCCUGUCCUCCUGCACUGCCCAUCCUGGGUCUGUCCACAAAGCCUUUGGGGAUGGACACUGAGAAGCACAACCCAAGGGCUUGGCUUAGCGAUGAUCUGGACAGAGCUGGGACUCAAGUCAUCAAUGGCACAGUCAGUCUCCCAGGAUAGGCCCAGGGCCAGCCUCCCUUCCAGGGCCAGGCCAUCGCUUUCCUGGCUCCCUCCCUUGUCCCUGGGUCCCUAGUCCUGCACCUUCCUUGCUGUUUGGAUUAAAGCCUCUGUUUUACACCUGU